AUGCCUCUGCCGCUGCGCGGUGUGGUGUUGGUGUCUGAGAGGCACAAGGGUAAAAGUAUUAUCCGUCUUCUUCAGCGGCACCGAUGCACGGUGGAGUGGAUGGACAAUGACGUGUGCGACUUCCUUUGCGGAGGAGCGCUUGUGUUGUAUAUUGAUGAUAUGAACCGGCUUUGUGAGACUACAUACAGAGGGGUCGUGUCAAAGCGGAUCUCCUCCGUCAAGGCUCAAAUAGGUUCGUCUGGGCGCAGUGUUGUUCUUCUUCUUAUUGGGUCUCUGGAGCCUCGCCCAGAUGUAAUGGUGUGGCUCAAUCUUCAUUGCAGUGUGGAGUUGCAUUGUGGUGUUAUGCUCUGUUGGACGGAAGAAGAGUGUGCUAGCUACUUGGAGGGGCUGGCAGGCAGUGGCGUGGCCUCUGUUGAAUACCGUGUUGCCGGCAAAAAGGAGAGUGCACCGGUGCCUGUGCUUGUUGAAGCCUUUACCCAAACGCCUCAGUUGAUGACACGUAACGAUGUUGUUCGUGCUGCUCAUCGCUUUGGUUCAGUGGCCAAGUUGCUUACUGCCGCCCCUGAAGAGUUUUCGAAUCUUCCAGGCUUUGGACCAAAGAAAGCUGGUAGGCUAUGCACUGUAUUCCAUGCGUGUUUUCAGACUUCACGUCAAAUGGUUUCCGAUGUGUUGGCAGAUUAUGAUGAACUUCAUCGUACCAACACCGAUGAAGGUGAAUCGCACAGAAUACCAGCGCGAGAGAAGAUGCUUCAUGCGUUGCACGAACUAAGAGAUCGUGAAUUGAAUGAAACGUUCAAUAGUUGA